AUGGGCGGACGAGGAGGAGAAGGAGGAGGAGGAGGAGGAUGGGAAGGACGAGGGGACGAGAACGACAAGGAGGACGCGCAGUGGAAGGGGGCGGGGGACGGGCAGUCAUUAUUGACUGCCUCUGGCCCACUCGCCAGGGCUGCCUCGCGCGCUCCCCGUAAUCCGUCCGCCGUUUCGCUCGCUCGGUGCACCACCGCUCGCUCCUCUGCCGGUCGCCUGUGUGCAGCGCCGCUCACGCAACGAGAGUUUCGUUUGUUUGUCGCCGCCGCACCACUACAGCUCGGACCAGCCAUCUUGCCAGCCGAAGCUGUGCAUCUUGUUCAUCUUCCCAUCUGA